UCGAGUGGGCGUGUGUUUGUCAGUGGGGAGAGGAGGUCAAAUGAGCUGCGAGAGUUUGAAAAACGUGAGACAACCUCUACUAAAGACACUCAGGUAGACAUCCGUGCAAAUAAUGUUAGAUGGAGAAUUAAAGUUGCUGUUAUUAGACUUAUAAUUCAACAGUGAAGUAAGUGUUCGAUCGUGGUGUGUUCGCGUCGCACUUGUGAAUAGUUGCGAGGCAUGAGCUAAUGCUAACUUCAUAUGUCGCGUGUUCAGACAGUCCAUUAAGUGUUACUGCAGUAAAAGUACAUUUUUUGCCAGAUAAAAAAAGUCAUAUUAACCGAUUUAGUUGUAAAGUAUGAUGUAUUUCUACACUCCUGCGUGGUACAUCUCCGCAGAGCAUUGACACUUGCUAUACAUCUUAAGCUAGCUGCUGCUGAUUGCUGCCACUGACAUCUAUUUUGUCUUUGGUAACUUGUGUCACGGUCGUCAUGUUUCAAUCUGUUCCCCGUCGUCCGAUUUGCGAGAUUGGAGUAAACACAGUUAGGCUACAGAGUGGCAGGUCAUUCAGGAGAUGUGUCGAAGCUAGCAGAACAAAGCUUGACAAGGUGCCAUGGCUUGAUCGGAGUAUGGGCCUGCUACUGUCCUGGAUCCAGAGGGCAGGUGUGGGUGCCACUGAGGCCGCAGGAUCCAGCCAAAAGAGGAAGAACUUGCUCUCCAUAUUUGCGGACCAUUGUGGCUUUGUAACUGGCCAGAGGCUUCGACGUGCUUGUCAAAUCGCCGAACUGUACUCCAACCUGUACUCUGAGCGGACCAGGUGGACCCUGGUUGGAAACAUAUGGCGCAGAUUUCAGAGCAAGCACGCUCCUACUGGGAAACUUAUCGCUGCUCUGGCUGGUGUCUUCAUGUGGGAUAAUGAGAAGAUUCAAGAUGAGGAAAUUCGCAGGUGUGGACUGGAGCUAGAGGCACUAGAGGCUGUAAAACGUAUGAACACAUCAUCUGGGACUUUGGCUGGGCAGGUCGAGCCUGGCUGGGAAACUGUGAUGGAAAAGAAGGACUUCAAAGUGUGGAAGCGUCCAAUUCCCAAUAGUCACCUCUAUGAAUACAGAGUGUUGGGAUCCUAUAAUGAUGUCACCCCAAGACAGUUCUUCAAUGUUCAGUUGGAUACAGAAUACAGGAAGAAGUGGGAUUCUCUGGUUAUCAAACUUGAAGUGGUGGACCGUGAUGUCAGCACAGGCUCUGAAGUUGUGCACUGGGCAACACACUUUCCUUAUCCCAUGUACUCAAGAGACUAUGUGUAUGUGCGUCGCUAUGAUGUUGAUGUAGAGAAUAACCUGAUGAUCCUGGUGUCCAGAGCUGUUCAACACCCUCGUGUUCCAGAAAGUCAAGAAUUUGUCAGAGUUCAUUCGUACCAGUCAAAGAUGGUCAUUCGUCCACACAAGUCAUUUGAUGAGAAUGGAUUUGAUUACCUGCUGACCUACAGUGAUGACCCACAGACAGUCUUUCCACGUUAUUGUGUGAGCUGGAUGGUGUCGAGUGGCAUGCCUGAUUUCCUGGAAAAGCUGCAUACUGCUGCCUUGAGAGCUAAGAACUUGGAGGUGGGGAUCUACGACUAUGCAGGUGUUAUUAAAUCCAGUGACACAAACCGCCAGCCAUCCCAGGAGCGCCUCACUGGAGACAACCCCCACACAGGCAGUUCUGGGCAGAUCUACGCCUGAGAUGGAUCAUUGUAGGCCGGGGGUUAUGUUUGUGUUGAACUUGACUAAAAACCUAGAAAGCCAGCAUUGUAAGGGGGCUUUUCAUGAACUGCAAACUGGAGUUGCAAUCUACUUUGAUAAGAGAAAGUAUGUCCAUCCAUAGACGUGUUGUUAUUGGUUGUACAAGAACAAUGGACCAUGGUUGGUGACCGCUCUGUCCUUUUGGGAAAAUGUUGCCAUGGAUAUUCUCAUUAAGACUGCUGGCUUUGGCAUUAUCUCUGCUCAGCCACUUAAUGCCAAGAGUUGGAAGGAGUUUGUGUUUUGUUUUUGUUUGUUUUUUCUGGUGUGGGCAAUGACAUCUGUGUCGCAGCCUUUGGUAAGAUUGAGCCAAAAUUCCUCAUUGUGGAGAUGCUAUUGCCAAAGCACUGAUCGCUGUUUUAACGUUCCUGUCUUGUCCAUAAUUGUUGAACAAGGUUUGACUUUAAAGUGAACAGCCACAGCACUGUAUUUGUGUCUGUGAUGUGACUUAAGCCAUGGCAAUGUUUGUGCUCUUUUGGGAGAGAACAGAAUAGUAACAAUUGCUGACCUCUGGACAUCAUCAGUUUAAGGCUUUGGUCAAGAUUUCUGUAACAGAUAAGCUGAAUUCUCUUAUGGAAGACAGUGUAACAUGAUUUAAAGCAACUAGUUUCCUCUUGGCUUGCAGCAUGAAUGAUCUCAUGUAGGGACAAGAAAAGAUUAGAAAUCUUUAAAAAUGUAGUGGAAUUUUUCAUAAAGGUGCUUAUAAAGGAUAUUUGAGAUUUUUUUGCAGGGGGAGGUGAGCAGCAUUUAGUUGUCACAAUUUGAUUUCACACUGUUAGUUCCGGCAUUUCUGUUCAAAACUGCCAGCAUUGACAAAGCAGCCUUUUGAAGAUAUUGGGCGUCUCAGCAUCACGGCCAUAGUGUCUUAUAAAAACCACAUAAAUCCUCAGAUGAAACGGUACCCAAGUUCCUCACUUCUUACUGUUAUGGAAACCCCACACAGAAAACUGCACCUGUACCACCUCAUGAUCCAUCUGCAUUUCAUUAAAUUAAACAAAAGUUCAUUGUCCCAUUUCAGCUCUAAACCUUUUUGUUACCCGAGUGUUAACUUCAUCAUACUUUGCACUAUUUGACUCAUGGGUGUUUAUCAUAUUCAGUUACUGUAGAUCAUGUACAUUCAUAAAACCAUACCCUGUUUACUGGAAGUUUCUGAACCCUUAAGUUUCUGCAGCUUUGGUUGUAAAUGUAAUUUCCCUCUGUAACUCUAUAGAUGUCCAAAUCGUCAUACAUUUGUUCUAAUUUAUUGGCAGGGGGUGUUAUGAAUGUACAAAGAGCACCACAUGCUGUGAAAUUAAGCAUUGCCUAAUAAAGUACACUGUUUACAGCCUGACGGUCUGGCACCAAAAUGUUGAAACUCAUUUAUGUUUUACACCUGUAACACAUUGUACGAAAAUGCAAUGUCACAUUUGUAUUAGAAGGUACAUAAAACAUAACCAGCCAUAAUUUACCAUUAAUUACUGGAGUGGGUUUCAUUGUGAAGGAAUCCUACAUGCAUGUACGUUUGUGUAUCAAGCAUUAACUUGUUUUCCCCGGUGUAUCAAAACUGUAGAAUAUCUGCUGCACUGAAACAACUACUUAGUGCUAUUAAAGUAAUAGCAAUCUAAGGUAUUUCAAAGAUAGUGAAAUAUGCCGGACAAAUUGAAAGAAUGAGGAAUAGAAAUGUGUGUUUUGACUUUUUCUUGUCUGGUGAAACAGAACUUGGAGAUCAACACAACCUUUUUAAUUAAACAAUAUGCAAUGCUUGCGAAUGUAUUUUUAUGCUCUGUAACUUGUAGACAUGUGUGCCACCUGCAAUAGUCCACAAGUCAAUAGUCAAAUACUGGUUCUUUGUCUUUCUGCAGGAAGGUUAACAUUUGUUAUUAGGUAUCACCUGGUUUUACUUUAGAAUCAAUAAUUUCUGUGUGAAUAAUCCAGAAAUGGUGUAAUUGUUACGAAAUAAAUGAAAUGGUUUGAAACUAAUUCAGUCAAAUAAACUGAUGUUCAUGUGAA